GCACUGAAUAGCUUCCAGCCUCGCUGCAGCGAAGUGCACAUUGAUAUCCUAACGUUAAUCAUGCUGCCUCCGGUAAUAUUGGGAUCUCGGACAUACCUGGGACCAGCCUAUGAUUUGGCUUUAUUGAAAAUAGAUCAAGUGUACCCACGAGUGACGGUUAAUCAGAUCUUCUUGACUGGUAAAAAAUAUCGUGACUGCAUGGAUCUGGCGGCCGAUAGUGUCGACUGGUCGGCUGCCGUUCUGAAAAAUUUAUCUCUGGAUUCCUCCAGCCGACGCUGUCGUGCAACCGUUUUUGUCUUACCAGGAUGCAUGGAAAUGUGGGAAAUUUAUCCUUUGGCGACUCAACUGGAUUUACUCAUAAUCAGCAGCGUGGCGGGGCACACGCCGGUAAUUGGCAAAAAGGCGCCAACAUGGAUUUCCACUUCCUGUAACUCCCUUACAGCCUACAGUCACCUGUACAUCCGAUUAACAGAGAAAUUUCUCUGGCAAACGCUGGUCAUCAUUACAGAUCUGGGCGCCAAUAUAUUUUUUUCAGAAUUUUCCAGAACUCUGUAUGGCGAUUUUAUCAGGAGAAACAGUGGAUACCAGAUCUAUCAGGAAAAUUUCAAUACCAGAACGGGAGCACCGGAUUAUGCUCAAAUACUCAAUAGAAUCAAUGCGUUGUCCCGAGUGUAUCUGUACUUUGGCGAUCCUGUCGAGUUUCGCAGAAUGCUGGUAAAAGCGUGGGAACUGGACAUGGUUAAAGGGGAACACGUGUAUGUCGUCAUGACGCCCUUUAGAUUUACUAACAGACCGGGCGCCGGCUACCUGACAUGGGAAAACCGUGAUAAGGAUGACAAUAUGGCGCGAGCCGCUUAUCGAUCCGUCCUGAUCAUCGAGCCGGAUAACUCGGUGUACGGCAGUACGACAUCGGAUGUACAGGAAAAGUAUUAUGCGGACGUACUUAACCGUUCCCAAGUGGACUACAAUUACACUUAUAAACCCUUCGAGCCGGUAACGCCGCAUGUAGCGGGAACCUAUAACUCCUUGACUAUACUGGCGCAGGUGAUGGAAGAUUUGCGCAUAUCGGAUAAAGAAGAAGUAUGGCAGUCAGGGAAAGAGCUGGCCAGGCAGUUCAUGAACCGCUCAUUUCUUACUGACCUGGGAGAGACAUACAUCGAUCCCAGUGGACAGCGCGAUCCUACGAUCAACGUCAAUCACUUAGACUGGAACAGUUCUGCCAUUCGGACGCUUUUCGUACAACGAGCCGGCAGCAUGACACUGGAUGUCGUCGCAGAGCCACAAUGGCCCAGCCGUUGGCCUCCUCCUGACGUACCUGGAUGUGGAUUUCGAGGAUGCCUACCUCAAGGUAGAUUAGCAACGAUUAACGGUUCCGUUCUGAUGUCGCUUCUGGUCGUGAUCACUGUCACCACGAUUUAUCUAAGGCGAGCCAGACUUCGAGAUCUGAUGAAUGCCUUCUCAUGGGAGAUUCCAGAUGAUCAUUUGCAGCAACCAGAAAUUAAAAACCAACACGAAGAAGUCCUCCUGUACAUCGCAGAGCACCGCCUGGUGUAUUUGUCCGCGUUGGGUGCAAUGCCAUUAAUAUCGGACAACCGUGGCCAUCAAACUUCUACUCGACUUGUUCUAAAUCGAUCAAUGUUCAGAUUGUUGAAAAACGUAAUGGCGAUACACUACCCCAACAUUAACCGUCUAAUCGGCGUGACCGCAACACCGACAUUUUGCUAUCUGGUAUCGGAAUACUGUACUCGUGGAAGUCUACCAGAACUGCUCAGCAGGAUGACCUUAGAUGUAGAUUUUCAAGCCAGUUUGAUACUGGAUGCGCUGAAGGGCCUGCAGGCAGUUCACCGAUCGGCCCUUCAAUGUCACGGCCACCUCAGCGCUCGCUGUUGCUUGAUCGACAGUCACUUCACUCUGAAACUCGGAGCCGUUGGCUUCCAUCAGUUACGAUAUUCUUAUUCCCGGGAUAUGUUGAAAAAUGGAACUCUCAUCCAGGGAAAAAAGGAUAAGCCGACUGCACAGGCGAAAAAUGAUGUAACAGUGAUUGCGCGUAUUGCACUGGAGAUCAUAUUUCAAGAUGAAAGUUUCGAGACCAUUACGAAUUUAGUGUCAGUGGAAAAAUCUCUGACCCAGAGAAAAAGCUUUCCCAUAGGACGGUUGGCUGCCCUGUUGCCAAUCUUCUCGUCAUGCUGGAGCGACGACCCAACGCGCCGGCCUGACAUCCACCGUCUGGUUAAUCGGGUUACCACUGUCCUACGAAGUUAUGCCAAAGGAUCCUCCUUGACGCAGCGAAUUAUUCGGCGUCUGGAAGCCUACACCGACGAACUGGACCACCAAGUGGCAAUGCGCACGCACGACCUCUUGGAAGAACGAAAGCGAUGCGAUUACUUAUUGUGGGCCAUGCUUCCAAGUGAGGUCGUGGAUGAACUUAGAAAAGGCAACACACCGGAAGCAGCAUAUUACACUUCUACAACGAUUAUGUUCGUCGAAAUUGCUGGAUUCGGCACUCUUCUUUACCAGACUGAGCCUGAAGAAGCUAUGGUAUUUCUAAAUGAGGUGUUUAUGAAAUUCGACGAGUUGCUGGAUCAGUACGAUGUGUACAAAGUGGAAACGAUCAAAGAAUCGUACCUGGUGUCCAGCGGCGUGCCGAGGAGGAACGAAGAGCGGCAUGCCAAUGAAAUAUGCUGUUUGGUCGUGUCGAUGAUGGCCGCGUACUCUACGAUGUUUGCACUGUGCUUUAACGCAACUACCACUUUGCGGGCGGGGAUACAUAGCGGAGCUGUGGCUGCCGGCGUUGUGGGUCGCAAAGCUCCACGAUAUUGUUUGUUUGGUGACACCAUAAACACCGCCAGCAGAAUGAUGAGCAGUGGCGAAGACGGGAGAGUGCAUAUUAGCAAAUCUUGCGCGGAUUUGCUAAGAAAGUACUCCAGGUUGCACACCGAAGAACGCGGCACCAUCCAUGUCAAAGGCAAAGGAAUGUUGCAGACCUACUGGCUCCGGACGACUGCUAAUGCAAAAUGAUGCUUUCUUACAUUUCCAAUCAAAGCUUCAGAGGUGCUCUGUAGUUUAAGCAGCAAAAAUUAACGUUCUUGCUUGAACAUUAUUAGACGGGAUGUUUUGGUGCUUUGUGUCAGCUGCAGCAUUCGCAACGGCAACUCACAGCGGACAACGUACGCUACAAACGACCAUUGCAAAGGUUGCAGGCACACCAAAGUAGUGCAGUAACUUUGUAUCAUCUUGUGGACGAC